AUGAAGUUCACUUUGGCAAGCGCCUCCAUCCUCUUCUUGAGCCUUACCUCCGCCCUCCCAGUCGAGGACUUUGCCGAUAUUCAAGAACUGUGGGAUGGCCCCAAUGCCUCCGCGUCUAUCAAGUGCGGCAAGAGCACUUAUACCGGCCAUGAUAUUUACCUUGCUGCGCAGCAUGCCGUAAACCUGAGCUUUCUGAGUCCCCCUGAGAAGCGCGGCGAGAAACCCUACCCGCACAAGUUCGACCACAAUCGCAGUAAGAAGGUGGAUCUGCACUUCCCUGCUCACUGCUCAGAACACGACGACAACCGACAGGAGUACCCGCUCGUCAAAAACGGACCUUGUAACGGUAGUAAGAAUAACAAAAAGUACGGGAAAAAGCGUGCUGUGUUUUACUACAAUGGCAAGACGGAAGGUGUUGAUGGUCACCCGCUGGUCUACUUCUGUGGGUUGUUGACCCAUGAGGGUUUGAAGGAUGGCGGUUUUUCGCAAUGCCCCAAUGGAAAAUAG